AAUUAGGACCAAAACCAGACCAAUUCAACAGGUCAUUGUGCGUUUUUGGACGCGCAGACUGUGAUAAUUCCAUUAAGGAGAGCCAAAGAAAUAGUGAAUACUGAUUGAUUCAACGUUUUUGAAGGGUCUCCGUCGACAAAUAUAAACAAGACAUUCUGCCACCACAACCACACAAGUUUCUCAGUCCUUAAUCUGUCCUUUUAUCAACCCUUGUUGUUAUGGUUUCUCCUUAGUAUUUGCAACCUUAAUAAUCAUCUCUUUUCUUCUCUCCCAACUUCUGUACCCAACUGGAGUUCUCUCUUCAAGUCAUUGUGUUUUUGCACUUCAAAACUCUUCCAAGGAAACUUGGGUGUGUAGUGCUUAAUCAUUUCACAAUCCCUUCAUUUUCAGUCUUGCACCCUUUUUUCUUUCCUCUGGUGUGAUGGAUCCGGCGGAGUUGCGCCGGGUUUUCCAAAUGUUCGAUAGGAAUGGAGACGGGAAGAUCACAAAGAAGGAACUAAAUGAUUCGCUAGGGAACUUGGGUAUCUACAUUCCUGAUAAAGACUUGAUCCAAAUGAUCGAAAAGAUAGACGUGAACGGGGACGGGUACGUGGACAUUGAUGAAUUCGGGGCGUUAUAUCAAACGAUAAUGGACGAGAGGGACGAAGAAGAGGACAUGAGGGAAGCAUUCAACGUGUUUGAUCAGAAUGGAGAUGGGUUUAUCACAGUUGAGGAAUUAAGGUCGGUUUUGGCUUCGCUGGGGCUCAAGCAAGGAAGAACGAUAGAGGAUUGUAAGAAGAUGAUAAACAAGGUUGAUGUCGAUGGAGAUGGAAUGGUUAACUUCAGGGAGUUUAAACAGAUGAUGAAAGGUGGUGGAUUUGCUGCCUUGAGUUCUAAAUAGCAGAGAUUUUAUUAAAUACUUGUUUGUUAUACAUACAACUCUUGUUUUUGGUAUAAUAGAUCCGAGGUGAUACCAAAAGGAAUGAUUAUGUGGAGUACGUUCCCUUUUAACAGAGGAAAUCUCCCAUUGUAAACAUUUCGUUUGAAAGAGCAUUACAUGUGCAUUGUCCUCUUUUUUUUUUUUUUAUAGUUUGGAAAUUCUAUGGUGUUUCUUUGCCUUUCCUGCA